AUGCCAUUUAUCACAAAGUUGAACUAUUUCUUCAUUAUAACAGAUCCACUAUUUCUUUUAUAUAAACAAAAAUCCAAAUUUUUCGGAAUUAUAUUAUCAUUAUUAUUAUUUCAAUUAAUGAUUAGUUUAAUGGAUCCAGUUCAAGGAAUAAAAUGGUUAGGUAUAUACAGAUUACCAAAAAGUGCAGAUCAUCCAGUGGAUUCGACAGCUGAUCGAUUUACUCCAGAUGAAUGUCAAAAAGCUGCUAAUAAAUUAGGUCUUCGUAGAAGACAAACACGAUUUUGUAUGCAUCCACGUUUUGGUUAUGCAAUGCUUGCUGUACUUAGAGCUGCACAUGCUGUCGGAUAUCAUUGUCCAAAAACAUUUUCAGAUAGACGAUGGGAUUGUACUUCUAUACAUCAAUUACCGCAUGUAUCACCAGAGUUAAGAAGAGGUACACGUGAACAAGCAAUUGUACAUGCAUUUGCAAGUUCUGUAUUAUUAUUUGAAAUUGGACGAUAUUGUGCAUUGAAUAAAAUUCGAUAUUGUUCUUGUGGUGAUGAAGAUGGCAGUUAUGCUACACCAAAUUAUCCUUCAUCUCAUAUAUAUAAAAAUAAUAAUUUACUUAGACAACAUCAAUCACAAACUUUGUAUAAUGAUAAUAAUAAUGCAUUAGUAUAUAAUUCCGAUGGUCAUUCAAUGAAUUCCAUUGAUACAUCUAAAUCAAAUAAUAUACCAAUGACAGAUGGUCAACCAACAGUUAGUAAAUUUUAUUGGGCUGGUUGUUCUGAUAAUUUGCGUACAGCUAAAGAAUAUACAUCAUUAUUUCUUGGUUUUCCAAAUGUACAUGUAAUGUUACCUCCACCAAUAGAAACAGAUAAUCCUAAUUUAGAUACAAUACAUGAUAUGAAUAAUCAAAAUCGUUAUAAAAGAUCAACAUAUUCUUCACAAGUUACAGAAAGUAAUUAUGAUACAACACAAUUAUCUGAUAUGUUUAGUUUGUUUCAAAGUCAAAUUAAUGUUAAUGAGAAUGUAGACGAUAGUGUGGGAGAAGAAGAUGUAGAUGAAGAAAAUGAAGAAGAGGAUGACAGUGAAAUAGAUGAUUCAGAAUUAUUCUAUUCACAACAUGAUUAUACGGAUAGACGACGUCGUAAUCUACAUAAAACAUGGUCAUAUCAAUCUACAGCACAAACCAACAAAUAUCCGUCAUACAAUUCAGCACAACAAAUGUAUGAUUCAGUAGAUGAUAAUGAUGAAAGAUUACCACGUCAUCCUAGAUCAAAGCAAGGUAGAAAAAAAUCCAUACUACGUAAUUUAAAUCGUCAUAAUUAUCUAGCAGGUGUAGUAUUAAUGGAAGCUAAUCAAAAACUGGUAUGCAAAUGUCAUGGAGUUAGUGGUAGUUGUGCUCAACGUGUUUGUUUUCGUCAACUUCGACGAAUCGAUACAGAAUUAAUGCAAAAAGCAUUAAAAAUGAGAUACUUAGCAGCCAAACAGGUUUCGGAAGGUAAAAAUGGUGAAUUAAUCGCCAAAACAUUUAUUGGUAAUGGAUUUAUCGAUGAAGUAGUAAAACCGGAAGAACUGGUAUUUAGUGAACAUUCACCAGAUUAUUGUAAUGUAGAACCUCAAAGAGGUUCUGUUGGUACACGAGAUAGAAUUUGUACAUUGAAAGAUACGGGGACAUCAAAUUGUGUGAAUAUGUGUUGUGGUCGUGGUUACAGAAAUGUGACCAAACGAGAAAUUGUUCAAUGUAACUGCCGAAUGGCCUAUGGAUUCAAAGUGCAAUGUGAUGAAUGUAAUAUUGAAACUGUAACUCAGAGAUGUUUAUGA